CAACAAGUGUUGCGCAUGUUGCAGGAGGACAAGAUCAACGCCCUCAUUAAGGCCGCCGGCGUCAACGUGGAGCCCUUCUGGCCCGGCCUGUUCGCCAAGGCCCUGGCCAACGUCAACAUCGGGAGCCUCAUCUGUAAUGUAGGGGCUGGUGGCCCUGCCCCAGCUGCUGGUGCCGCACCAGCCGGAGGACCUGCACCCUCCACCGCUGCUGCCCCAGCUGAGGAGAAGAAAGUGGAAGCCAAGAAGGAAGAGUCUGAAGAAUCUGACGAUGACAUGGGCUUUGGUCUUUUUGACUAAACCCUCUUUUGUGAUGUGCUCAAUAAACCAGACUGAACUCUG